AUGCCCGAUAGCGACAGCUCAUCCACGAUAGGAGGAAGAGACUCCGGCCACAUCAAUACCAUGCACUCCAUCAAGCCGGCCGUCACGCCCCCGCCGGCGAACAACAACACCAUGCCGGCGAGCGUCGACCUCGUCAACCUGCCCACGCGGACGCUGUCCGCCGGCGCCAACCUGGCCGAGUACACGGUCGAGACGGAGCCGGGCGAGAUCCCGGGGCCCCUGGAGCCGGACGGGCAGCAUCAUUACAAGCUGGUCACCUUCCACCCCGACGACCCGGAGAACCCGAAGAACUGGUCGAAAGCCUACAAGUGGUACUGCACCAUGGUGGUGGCGAUCACCUGCUUCGUCGUGGCGUUUGCGUCGUCGGUCGUCACGGCCGACAUCCCGGGCGUGGUGAAGGAGUUCAACGUCAGCGAAGAGGUUGCGCUGCUCAGUAUCACGCUCUUCGUGAUGGGAUUCGGAAUCGGACCCAUGAUUUUCGCUCCGUUCGGAACUACGAUCCUCGUCGCUGUGGUCUUUAUCAUCCCCGGUGCUGUGGCCAAGAACAUCGCUACGCUCCUGGUCGCCCGUGCCAUCGACGGCAUCGCGUUCUCGGCGCCCAUGACACUUGUCGGAGGCACCAUGGCCGAUAUGUGGAAAGCCGAGGAGCGAGGAAUUCCCAUGGCGGCCUUCUCGGCUGCUCCCUUCAUUGGCCCUGCAAUCGGACCCCUCGUCGGCGGUUUCCUGUCCGACGCCUGCGGCUGGCGGUGGCUCUACUGGAUCCAGCUCAUCAUGGCCGCCGUCGUCUGGAUCUUGAUCACCUUCACCGUGCCCGAGACGUACGCGCCGACGCUGCUAGCCCGCCGUGCCAAGAAGCUGCGCGAGCAGACGGGCGAGCCGGAACACGUCACGGAGCAGGAGCUCGACCGGCGCCCCCUCUCGGAGCGCAUGCGCAUCUUCCUGGUCCGGCCGUUCCAACUGCUGUUCGGCGAGCUGAUCGUCCUCCUCAUCUCCAUCUAUAUGUCGGUCCUCUACGGCCUUCUGUACAUGUUCUUCGUCGCCUACCCGAUCAUCUUCCAGAAGGGCAAGGGGUAUUCUUCCGGCAUUACCGGCCUCAUGUUCAUUCCCCUGGCCGUAGGCGUAGUCUGCUCCGCCGUGUGCGCGCCGCUUGUCAACAACCACUACCGCAAGCUCAUCGCGCCACACGCGGGCCGCCUGCCCCCGCCGGAGCUGCGCCUCGUGCCCAUGAUGGCGUCCUGCUGGCUGAUCCCCAUCGGGCUCUUCAUCUUCGCCUGGUCGUCGUAUCAGCGUCUGACGUGGGUGGGGCCCUGCCUGGCCGGCUUCCCCGUCGGCUUCGGCUUCAUCUUCCUGUACAACUCGGCCAACAACUACCUCGUGGACGCGUACCAGCACCAGGCGGCGUCGGCGCUCGCGGCCAAGACGUGCAUCCGCUCGUUUUGGGGCGCUGCUGUUGUGCUCUUUACUAACCAGAUGUACGACCGCCUCGGCUACGAGUGGGCCAGCUCCUUGCUUGCCUUUAUCAGCCUGGCCUGCUGCGGCAUCCCGUUCCUGUUCUGGAUUUACGGCGCCCGUAUCCGGCGCAGUUCAAAGUACGCGUAUGCAGGCGAGGAGGACGAGAAGGCGGGCGGUGCGAACGAUGGCGGUGCGCCCGUCGUGCGCGAGGAUGACGAGGAUGAUGAGGAUCUGAGGCGCGCGAGGAGUUACGUCAGUAACCCCUGA